CCGAACUUAGUAUUCCACCACGUCUCGCCGAAGUAACAUCGUUCGAUUGUAACGCGCGCCCAAUAGAUCCACAGUGCUUCAGGUCGCGUGCGCGUCGCGUCGUGAGUCGUGCGCUUAGAUUUUAGGUCUUCUGAGAAGGAGUGAAGGGUUCAUAUGCGGGAGGGCGGCAAAACCAGCAAACAACUCGCUGACAUUGACUUCGCUUAGUAGAAGAGUUGCUGUUUGAGUGGCAUAUUAGAAGUGCUUGGUUAGAUUGUUGCAGCUGCUGUUUGAAGCCGCGAGGCUCUCUAAGUGGAUAGCUAUAUAGUGCCGAAGAAAUAGUGGUUUGCGAAGUAUGCUGCCCGUCUGGACCCUUGUGGUUCCAGCUCUGAUUGGCCUGUGGGCUCUCAGCUGUUGGUUGUAUGACAAUUUGAAAUCUCUGGUGCAGAUAGUGAUCGCUGUGCUAACUCCGUUCUUUGUCCCGGCCGAGAGCAAAACCCUGGUGGAAAGGUUCGGGAAAUGGGCCGUCAUUACCGGUAGCACCGAUGGCAUCGGCCGGCAGUAUGCCAUCCAGCUGGCUGCCCGAGGAGUCAACAUCGUUCUCAUCUCACGGACUGUUGAGAAGCUAAUGGCCGUAGCGAACGAGAUCGAGCAGAAGCACCAGGUCAAAACCAAGUGGAUAGCGGCCGAUUUCAGCCAAGGUCGCCCGAUCUAUGACAAACUUCGACGAGAGCUGGACGGUAUCCCGGUGGGGAUUUUGGUGAACAACGUUGGAACCAACUUGGAUUACCCGGACGACCUGGACCGUGUUCCAGAGGACAAACUGUGGGAUGUGAUUCACAUUAACAUUGCUGCUGCGACGAUGCUCACAAGGAUAGUGCUUCCGGGCAUGAAGCAACGCCGUCAGGGAGCGAUCGUGAACAUCUCCUCGGGGAGCGAACUACAACCGUUGCCAUACAUGACCACCUAUGCCGCUUCCAAGGCCUACAUUCGAAACUUCACCCUGGCGAUGCAGUACGAGCUGGAACCGUUCGGCAUAACGUGCCAACUGGUCAGUCCACUAUUUGUGACGACCAAGAUGAACAACUUUUCCUCCACCCUGAUGAAGGGUGGCCUCUUCAUUCCGGAUGCCGAAUCGUACGCCAAGUAUGCCGUCUUCACGCUGGGGAAAACGAAACAAACCACCGGCUACUGGUCCCACGGAAUCCAGUACUGCCUGAUCCGAUUGUCGCCAGAAUGGGUCCGAACCUUGAUCGGAGGCAUGAUGAAUAAGUCGUUCCGGGAGGAGUACUACUCGCAAAGCAAGGCCUCUGCUAAGGCUCACUAGGGGACACGCGUAAUCCCAUUGCGCAACAAGAUGUAUAGUAUUGUUUGUGGAAACAUUGCAUUUGUAUACUUCUAGGCUACCUGUUACCGAUCUUAGCUCUUAGAACAGGAUUCCCUAGGGAAUUCACGCAAUAGUCAUAACCGACCGUUACUAUUUCGAUUAAACUAGCAUAAGACUGAUCACACAGCUAUUGACGAAGCAUGACAUGUCAAUCAAUGAAGAAAAUACAUUUGAAAUGAAACGUGAAGACA